AUGGAGAUAUGUGUCCUCACCAAAUCAAUGAGAAGAUCAGAGGCAUGGAGGUCUGUGUCCUCACCAAGAUCAAUGAGAGGAUCAAAGGCAUGGAGGUCUGUGUCCUCACCAAGAUCAAUGAGAAGAUCAGAGGCAUGGAGGUCUGUGUCCUCACCAAGAUCAAUAAGAAGAUCAGAGACAUGGAGGUCUGUGUCCUCACCAAGAUCAAUGAGAUCAGAGACAUGGAGUCUGCAUCACCAAGAUCAAUGAGAAGAUCAGAGGCAUGGAGAUCUGCGUCCUCAUCAAGUUUAAUGAGAAGAUCAGAGGCAUGGAGAUCUGUGUCCUCGCCAAGAUCAAUGAGAAGAUCAGAGACAUGGAGGUCUGUGUCCUCACCAAGAUCAAUGAGAAGAUCGGAGGCAUGGAGAUCUGUGUCCUCACCAAGAUAAAUGAGAAGAUCAGAGGCAUGGAGAUCUGCGUCCUCACCAAGAUCAAUGAGAGGAUCAGAGACAUGGAGGCCUGCGUCCUCACAAGAUCAAUGAGAAGAUCGGAGGCAUGGAGAUCUGUGCCCUCACCAAGAUCAAUGAGAAGAUCGGAGGCAUGGAGGCCUGUG